AAACCAAAAUUAAGGGGAAAAGAGGGGGAAGUAAGCCACAUAAAUCUGACCCACAGCACAAGCAUCUCAAUUUGAAUCCACAAAGUUUUGGAUAAUGAAAAGAAAUACAUAAUUUUAAUUCAAGCCAAGUGUUUUCCAAGCAGAUUAUAUUUGCUUAAAUUGCUACAGUAAUUCAAGGACAGCCCUGUCUGGACACACAGUCACUGUGGAUUUUUAAGAGACUCAGUUAAAGAAUUUAGGAAUAUCUGAUUCAAUUUACAGGAUUUGCAAAUUCAUCAACCCCUGAAAACUAAAGCAAACUCAACAGGACAAAAAAAAAAAAAAAAAAAAAAAGAACAUGGGCUUUUUAAGUCCAGCAUGUGUCCUUUUCUGCUUUUUUGGAGUCAAAGUAUACUGCCAAUAUGAAAAUUAUCAAUGGGAUGAAGAUUAUGAUCAAGAGCCAGAUGAUGUCUACCAACCAGAAUUUCAAUUUCAUCAGAAUGAGGACUAUCAAGUUCCUUUUCAUCAGUACAUGUUAGGCUGUGCCACUGAAUGCUUCUGCCCACCCAACUUUCCAUCAUCAAUGUACUGUGACAAUCGCAAACUCAAGACUAUCCCGCGUGUCCCAGCUCACAUACAGCAAGUCUAUCUUCAGUUCAACGAAAUUGAGGCUGUGACUGCAGAUUCAUUCAUCAAUGCAACUUAUCUUAAAGAAAUCAAUCUCAGCCACAACAAGAUUACAUCUCAAAAGAUUGAUUAUGGUGUGUUUGCUAAGUUGUCAAAUCUACUACAACUUCAUCUACAGCAUAACAACUUAGAAGAAUUUCCAUUUCCUCUUCCCAAGUCUUUGGAAAGACUUCUUCUUGGCUACAAUGAGAUCUCCAGAUUGCAGACAAAUGCCAUGGAUGGGCUAGUAAACUUGACAAUGCUUGAUCUCUGUUAUAAUCAUCUUGAAGAUUCCAUGUUACAAGAAAACAUACUUGCUAAAAUGAAAAAAUUAAUGCAGCUCAACUUAUGUAAUAACAGAUUAGAAUCCAUGCCUCCUGGUCUGCCUUCUUCACUUAUGUACCUGUCUUUAGAAAAUAACUCAAUUUCUUCCAUACCAGAAAAUUACUUCAGUGAACUUCCAAAACUUAAUGCUCUACGAAUGUCACACAACAAACUACAAGACAUCCCAUAUAAUAUUUUUAAUCUUUCCAACCUUAUAGAGCUCAAUGUUGGACACAACAAACUGAAACAAGCAUUCUAUAUUCCAAGGAAUUUACAACACCUAUACCUAGAAAAUAACGAAAUUGAAAAUAUCAAUGUUACAGUGAUGUGUCCAUCUAUUGACCCACUACAUUACCACCAUUUAACAUACAUUCGUAUGGACCAAAAUAAACUAAAAGAGCCAAUAAGCUCAUACAUUUCCCUCUGCUUCCCUCUUCUACACACUAUUUAUUAUGGUGAGCAAAGAAGCACUGAUGGUCAAACAAUACAGCUGAAGACCCAAGUUUUCAGGAGAUUUCAAGGUGAUGCAGAUAGUGAAGAACGUGAUGAUCAACAAGAAGGUCCAGAACAAGAAGAAACAGAAGAAAACAUUGACCCUCACUAUUAUGGAAGUUAAGAAUGACAAGAAACUAUAAGUAUACAUUUAUGAUUUUAUACAUUAUUCAAUAUAAACUUAACUAAACAUGGAUAGCUUACAAUAAUAUCUAGAAUCAUGUAUUAGUAUAAGAUCAGACCGAAUUUAAGUUCUUGGUAACAUCUGCAUCAUUACAUAAGGUUCAAACCUACUUAAAAUGAUACAAGUCUUCAGAAAUAUAAAUCAGAAUGACAAGUGGGAAUAAAAACUCAACUUUAGGGAUGCCAGGGUGGCUCAGUAGGUUGAGGGUCCAGCUCUUGAUUUUGGCUCAGGUCAUGAUCUCAUGGUUCCUGAGACUGAGCCCUGCCUGCACCGGGCUCUGCACUGACAGCCUGGAGCCUGCUU